UGCAAUCACUACGAAGGUGGAAAUUCCUCACCGGUUGAGAAACACUGCGCUAGACUAAACAGCAGACUUAGAACAACAGCAGCAACAAAAAGUGCGUGCCAUUCUGCCAGGAAGCAUCCAACGUCUUCUCAAACUAUCCUAGCUUCCAAUCUCGUCGUGAUGGCACGUUUCCAAACAAUAGCUUGUUCAUGUAUAAAUAAAUCUCCAACCGUUACCAGCAAGCUCACUGCUGGGCGCACACCAGUUGGCGCUAAAUUAGUUGUUAAUGAUUUUAUAAUUGGCUGGUUGAGUUGUUAGUAAAAGUGACGAUGCUUGCGGUAAUUAGUUUGAUUGUGAUGCUAAACGUUGGCGUUGGUUUGGGAGAAUUGUUGCCUCUGAUUGAAAACGUGGUUUGUCCUGCCGAUUCUGCUAAUGUAACGGCUUGCAUCAUCGAAGCGGUACAAACUAUCAAGGAACCACUCAUUACCGGUGAUUACGGCGAUGGAGUCAAGGGGAUCGUGCUGGAUCCUUACGUGAUCAACAAACUGGAAGUUAAUCGCGGUCCAAGCUUCAAGGCAUCGUUGAAGAAUGUACUCAUUACGGGUGUGAGAAACUUCCAAAUUGAAAAAUUACGAACUGAUUUGAGAAAGAAGAAGUUCUUGGUUGCAGUCACCUUUCCGGAUCUGGUCGUUCGAGGACAAUACAAACUCGAAAUGAACAUAGUUCUACUGAAACUCACCGGAAAUGGGCCGUUCAAUCUGACUGAUGAUCCACUGCUCAAAGUGAACUUGGAAUUCUACACCGACAAGAAGAAUGUGGUCUUUACGAGACCUGUCCAUGUUGACUUGGAGUUCGUCCAUCCGCAGCUCUAUCUGGGCAAUCUGUUCAACGGGGAUCCCAAACUGGAGGCCAUCGAUAACCAAGCCAUCAAUGACAAUCCAAACAUUCUACUGAACGAACUUAAGCCCGAGCUGGAACGACACUUUGAAGAGUCUUUCUACCAGAUUGCUUCUACGAUCACGAAGGGAGCCUCUGCUGACGAACUAUUUCCGGGAUAUUAAGCUAGAUACAGAAAUAAAAGGCGCCCAACCAA